AUGCCACAUCUCACCCGUGACGACGGUGUCCGGCUCUACUACGAGGUGCACGGAAAUGGCGGCGGUGGGAUCCCGUUAUUGCUGACGCACGGCUACUCGUCCACGUCGGCCAUGUGGGCGGCGCAAAUCGCGGCGCUGUCAAAGGACUUCCAGUUGAUUCUGUGGGACAUGCGCGGGCACGGCGCGUCGGAUUAUCCGAGUGAACAGAACGCGUACAGUGAGGCGAAGACGGUGGGGGAUAUGGCUGCGAUUCUUGAUCAAGUGUGUGGGAGUGGGAGUAAAGCGAUAGUGGGCGGCCUCUCGCUGGGCGGAUACAUGUCGCUGGCCUUUUACCGCGUAUACCCCGAGAGAGUGCGUGCACUGCUUAUUAUUGAUACGGGACCGGGGUUCAAGAAGGACAAGGCAAGGGAUGAGUGGAAUCGUACCGCCCACAACACGGGGAAGAGUUUUGAGAAACAGGGUCUUGCGGUCCUGGCAGGGCUCAGCGCCGAACGCGCCACUGUGACGCAUCGUGACGCCAAAGGUCUUGCCCUCGCUGCCCGCGGCAUGUUGGCGCAGCGCGAUUCCAAGGUCAUUGACUCGUUACCUGCCGUCAAGGUGCCCAGUUUGGUGGUGGUCGGCGCGGACGAUACGCCCUUUUUGGCUGCGAGCGAGUAUAUGGCCAAGAAGAUCCCGGGGGCGAGGAAGGUUGUUGUUCCAAAUGCGGGUCAUGCUGUUAAUAUCGACCAGCCAGAGAAGUUCCUCGAGGCGGUCAUGCCUUUCUUGGACGAGGUCAGGAAAAGUGCGAAUGCAAAACCAAGGGCGUUGCUGUGA